AUGGGGUGGUGCGGUGCCGAUGCGAGCGUGGCCAGGGACGUCGGCGACAACGCCGAGGCUCCCCCGGGGCUCACCCUGGACGUGUGGUGCCUGUGCUGCGCCUCGGAGGAUCCUGGCGUGCCAGCAGAGUCUGCCGACAUCAGGCUGUUCGAGCUGGCCCGGCUGGACAACGAGCGGGAGGAGGUGGCGCAGAUUGCCUUCGACCCGAUCGACCUGCACGCUGACCUGCACAUCACUGUCAGGCGGUUCGAGGGGGAGUCCUUAGGUCUGGAGCUGGAUCUUCUGGACGGCAGGACGAUGCAGAUAUGCGAGGUGAAGCAGGGCGCCGUGGACCGCAUCAACAGAAAGGAGCUGCCCAGGAGCCGGGUGCAGCCCGGCGACUUCAUCGUGGGCGUCGACGGCGUGGAGGGGGACGCCCAGCUGCUGCUGCAGACCCUGCAGGGCCGCCAGACGGAGGUCUCGCUCAGGAUCGUCAGACCUGCACCGUUCAAUGUGAACCUCCAAAGGAGAGACGCGGCGGAUGGAUUCGGGGUGGUCCUGAAGAGCGCCGCGGGCACGAGGAGCAUCUCCCUGGUCGUGGCGGAGGUCUUGCCAGGCAUUCUGGCGGACUGGAAUGCAGAACAUCCAGAUGCUGCCAUACAGCGACUGGACAGGAUUAUUCAGGUCAACCACAUCAGUUACAAUCCUGAGCAGAUGCUACGAAUCUUCAAGGAGGAGCUCCGCCUGCGGCUCCAGGUGGUGCGGCCGGCUUGA